AUGAGUCGAGAUCGAUAUUUUGCUAUUAAACGAGGUCUCCAUUUUUGUGACGAAGAAACUGGUGACAAAUCCGAUGAAAUUUACAAAGUUCGAAUGCUUUUAACGCAUAUAACACAAGUUAGUCAACAUUUGUAUGUACCAAAAAAGGAGUUAUCCGUUGACGAAUCGUUGGUAGCAUUUAAAGGCCAAACCGGAUACAUGUUAAACCUAUUGUGUCAUUGUGGUGAUGAGUCUACUUCGUCAACAAAAGAUAUUGUUUUGAAGUUACUUGAAUGUAUGGGUGAAAUGUCUGGUCAUGAUAUAUAUACAGACAAUUAUUACACAAGUAUUGAAUUGGCCGAAGAAUUGAUUUACCGCGGGAUGAGUUUAACGGGAACAUUAAGAAAAAACCGAAGAGGAUUACCACUUAAUUUUAAAAAAUUUGCCCUUAAAUUGUCACGCAAACAACCUGGACCUUUUUACAUGAGAAAGGAUAAGAUUUGUUGUAUGGCAUGGUAUGACAACAAGCAAGUUCUGGCUUUGUCUACACAUUUAACCAAAGGGGAAGUUAAUAUACAGCGUCGAUCAAGAAAAAGUGAUACUGAUAAGACAUCAAAACCAAUAAGUUCAAGCGAUUUCAAGUAUCUAACGGCCCGACGAUUAUUGCAAGUAAGCGAGAAAUCGAUUUCAUUACAUGCAUGUUGUUCUUCGGCGUUAACAAAAAUUGACACAAAACCUCUUAAACGUGAUUGCGUCAUGUGUCAAAAGUUAGACAACUUUGUUGGUAUUCAUACGGACGAGACAUCCAAUGCCAUCAAUUGGAUUCGUGACAAUCAAUUGUACGGAUUGUCAGCACUCGAAUUAACCACUUUGGCCAACAGUACAGACAAAAACUAUUACGAAGAAGAAUGGGUUUCCAGAUAUACGGCUCAAUUGAUUCUAAAAAAACAGUUUGUUUCUGAAACAGACCUGGUAUUCAAUAGCCGACGAAAUUAUGUGGUUUAUAAACUCAAAGUCAAACACAAACACUACAAACAAUAA